UCAGCUGACCACAGGAACAAAAUCAAAACAACCACAACCCCUCGACCGACCUGUUUCAGCCUCAUCUCAUCACAGGAACACUAAUCCCGAAACCAAAUUCCCAACCUCCUUUGAGGAUCAGCGUGCAUCGGUGUGAACUUGACCGAUAUGACCUCAAAUGAAGAGGACAAAGAUCCUGAUAUUGAGCUGUUUGUGAAGGCAGGCAGUGAUGGAGAGAGUAUUGGAAACUGUCCUUUCUCUCAACGGCUCUUUAUGAUCCUGUGGUUGAAGGGAGUCGUGUUCAAUGUCACCACUGUUGAUCUGAAGAGGAAACCAGCUGAUCUUCAUAAUCUUGCCCCGGGAACUCCUCCACCCUUCCUUACUUUCAAUAAAGAGGUACAGACGGAUAUCAACAAAAUUGAAGAAUUCUUGGAAGAGAUGCUAGCACCUCCUAAGUAUCCAAAACUGGCUGCGAAGAACAAAGAGUCAAAUAGUGCAGGAAACGACAUCUUCGCAAAGUUUUCAGCCUACAUCAAGAACACAAAGCCAGAAGCCAAUGCAAGUCUGGAAAAAGGACUUGUGAAAACUCUGAAGAAACUGGACAACUUCCUAAACUCUCCUCUUCCGGACGAGAUUGAUGCUGAUAGUACGGGAGAGAUGCGCUCCAACCGCAAGUACCUGGAUGGCAAUGAAUUGACGCUUGCCGACUGCAACCUUCUACCUAAACUACACAUAGUGAAGGUGGUUUCAAAGAAAUAUCGUAACUUUGAGAUCCCGGCAGACUUCACGGGAGUUUGGAGAUAUCUGCAGAAUGCCUACGCCCGAGAUGAAUUCACUAACACGUGUGCAGCAGAUCGAGAGAUUGAACUGGCCUAUCAGGACGUAGCCAAACGGGUCGGCAAGUGAACACGCACUAAUACCAGUGAACUUUAGAAAGCAACCCAUCUCUUUCUGAAAGACGUUUUCUUCGGGUAAAAUGAUACAAGUACUACAUUUCUGAGCAGAGUUUACUUUAAGGACUCCACAUUGGACCGGUCCUAAAACUCCCGAGACUGGGCCUAUACUCUCAUUAAGACGAAUGUUUUUCUCUUGCCAUCAUGUUUUUUAUCGCUGUCUUUGAUGAAGAAACCCUGUGCCACUUUUUCUCUGUAGCUUUUGAGGAUUUAAUGAGGAUUCUCUCUAUUUAAACUGAAUUUUAACUGCUCGUGUAAAUCAUUCGAAUGUGACUGGGAUGAUAGUUUGAGUUGUUAGUUGUAGAAAGGAGUUUUAUACAAAUUAUUUUUGCUAGCUUGUCUAACAGCAUUAAUUUGUGCUUUAUGCAAUAUCUUAUCCCAGUAUUUAUUUUAGAAAGAAGUGAAAUAAAAGAAAGUUAGAGGAUCUUGAGAAGAAUUUGACUCAAGCCCACAGCUCCACCUGGUGGACAUUUUAGGAAUUAACACAAAAACUGCAAUAUGCUGGCAUGUAAAAAUUUCAGAUUGAUUUUAAAUCAAACCAUCACUCAAACUGGACACAUUAUGUAGGUCUCAGGUAUUUUAAACCCUUGCUGGACUCUAUAUAUAUAUCUACACAUUGGUCUAUUAUAAUAAAUAUAUUUUUUCACAAA